CUACCCAUGAUGCAUUGCGACUUCCUAGGUUGUAUGUCAUCAAAAGCCGCCGCGUCAAGCAUGACUUAAAAGGAACUGUUAAAACUGUUUGUUUUUUUUCCUUUUUCAACUCCAUAAACAACAUACCGAGCCUCAAGAAAGUCCGUCCGUGCUAUACGGCGUGCCCUUCUAUUCCGACAAAAACGGCCUCACCAGGCGGCGAAGUCGCCCAAACUGAGCUAGCAACGAUGCUACAAACACGAGUCGCUAGCUCUCCUGAUUGACAGCUACUUCAAGUUUGAAUUUAAACUUUUUUUUUAAAACUCGCUUAUUUGUUCCAAGUAACUGUUUCUCGACAAUGAGAGACUAUCAUGGUGCUCUUGAGAGAAGGGAUGUGUCCUGGACUGGAUGAAGUUUUACUACGCCGCUUGCGAGACGCUCAUAUUAAAACAGUGGAAGACCUGGUCUCGUCCAGCACCGAAGAGCUUGCACAGAAAUGUUCGGUGUCAUAUACGGCUCUGCUAACCAUCCGCAGAGUGCUGCUGGCACAGCACGCCGCCUUCCCGGUGUCGGGCGCCGAUCUCUACGAUGAACUGCUCAGCUCCACCGCCAUCUUGUCCACUGGGAAUCCCAACUUGGAUGUUUUACUGGAUUCAGGCGUGUACACCGGAGAGAUCACAGAGCUAGCAGGUGGACCAGGAAGUGGCAAGUCUCAGCAGGUGUGUUUUGGCGUGGCGGUGCACAUUUCGCACCACCUGAGGCAAAAGGUGGUCUACGUGGACACCACAGGGGGUCUGUCGGCGAGUCGCCUCCAGGAAAUGUUGCAAAGCGAGACGAGCAGCGCCGAGGAGCAGAUGGAAGCUCUGCAGAGGAUUCACGUCCAUCGCGUCUUUGACGUUUAUUCUCUGCUCCGGUGUUUGCAUCGUCUUCGCAGCGGAGAACUCCAGCAGGCGUGCGGCGGCGGCGUUGGCGGCGGUUCUGUCAAGGCGCUGAUUGUGGACUCUGUGUCGGCCGUGAUCGCUCCUCUGCUGGGAGGAAAACAUCACGAAGGCACGUUCAUGAUGAGUCAAGUGUCGGCGGCUCUGAAGACGAUCGCUAAAGACUUCAACAUGGCCGCUUUGGUGACCAAUCACGUGUCGAGGAACGGCGACGGCGAGCUGCAGCCGGGCCUUGGCGUGUCUUGGAGCCACGUCCCCAGAACCAGAGUUCUGCUGGAAAGACCUCCAACCGUUGCCCUCCGCACACCCGCACUGCGCUCUGCCACCAUCAUCAAGUCCUCCAGAAGGCCGUGUUUCAUCCAAGCCGAGUUUGAUCUUCAGUGGUGGAGUCGCUCCAAGCACGGAGCAACAGGCAAGAGGAAGCUGCACCAAACGGAUUCCUGACAAAGAAUCUUCAGCCCCUAGGUUACCAUGGCGACGAUGUGACUCUGUCGGUCAAUGAGAAAGAGUGGUUCAAGUGAUGACUUUAACACAAAGAAGAAAUAAUCCUGAGACGCUAACAGGGGGCGACCACACGGCGCUUGCGGAUGCACUCCCAUAUCCACCGCGCCGACACUUUCUGCGCCCGGCUGUCUUCCACGGGCUCGCUCAGCGUGUGCGUGGCCAAGGUGGAGUUGUACUCGGCCACCAGGUCACCGUCGUACGCUACAAAAUAACGCCGUAACUUGUCAAAGUCGUCGGCGCCCGCAGGCAGGAAGAGCUUCACCCCACUGAAGAUGUCCAACAGCGUCUGCAAGAGAGUGUGAAUCAGGCCCAUUUUAAUAUAGUUAUUUCAAAAACAUGAAGUGUUUAUUACCCAACAUGCUUCACUGCCUGUGGGACUUCUUUUUUUUUUACCAAUAAAUUGCAAUAUAUGUUA